UCUCUAUGUACGUCUCAAACGUGUAACGUUGUUAAGUUCCAUAAAGUCGUGUGUAUGCGUCGAAACGAGAAAGACGAGAACAACGAAAGAGAAAGACGGGAAAUCGUUCUUGCUACGACUCUACGAUCGUUGUUUUUUCCGUGUGUUGCCGUGUUCGCGACAUUUAUCUACAUUUACAUUGUUCGUUAUUUCCUUUGGCGUCCAAAUCGACCAAAAGUAGGUUGUAGUAGGGCGCUGUGGCCCGAAUUUUACUAACUACACCAUGUCGGAGGAUCAAGUCAAAUCUCCGAUCGACGGUAUUCUUCCGUUUUUACAAAGCAUGCGGAUAAAUUAUAGGCCCAGUUUUAUAUGUCAAUCAUCAAAGUGACAUGUUCCCGCGUUCAUUCGUUAAACGUGAUUUGGCAAUUGAAUGGCGGGAUCCAUGGCUUGCAUUAUUGUUAACUUUCCAUAUUGCUGUCACAAUGACUGCAUUAAUGACAAGAAACCAUGCCAAUUUUCAAAUUAUGUUAUUCCUUGCUCUGUUACUUUUGGUAUAUUUCUCUGAAAGCAUCAAUGAAGUUGCUGCGUCUAACUGGAUGCUGUUCUCAAGGCAACAAUAUUUUGAUUCCAAUGGGCUUUUUAUAUCUGUAGUGUUCUCUGUGCCUAUCUUGAUGAAUUGCAUGAUUAUGAUUGCAAGCUGGCUUUAUCAAUCUAGUCAAUUAAUGACCAGUUUGAAGAGAGCACAAUUGAGGCAACAAGCAAGGAACCGGGAAAUGGAAGAUGAAUCUGUGAACACAAAUGGGACUGUUGUAAGAGAAAAGCAAGAAUAACGUUCUAGUCCAAUAAUAAGGAUGGAAAACACGAAGUAUAAAAAUGUAAAUUACAUACUAUGAAACAAGCAUUGGCUUGUUUUUACCUCAAAUAGCGUAGUAUAUAACAGCAUUGUAAAAUUUGGCGAAUAUUCAACAUAGCAUUUUUUUUAAAACGUUACUGCCGACAGAAUAAUUACUGUCAUUCAUAUUGAAAUUGACUAGCUCCGCUGUCGGUUGGUUGUCCUUCCAAUAUUAUGUUGUGUAUAUAUAAUGAUUAGGAUGUGAAUUCAGAAGCUUGCAAAUAAUUUAUUUAUUCAAAAUCAACGAUGUGCUAAAUUGCGGCAUGGCACGCAAUUUGAAAAUUACAAGAUAUUAUAUAAUUCUCAAGAGAAUACUGUUAUCUUAUAUUAAGGUACAUUCCAACGGUUCUCUACUUUUAUUUUAACGUUGAAAUAUUCAUUAUGGAUCAGUGUUCUUAAAACAUUACCGGUGUACUUACUAUUGUAACACAUAUUGCUUAUUGCGAAAACUGAUAAAAAAAAGGCAUAAUUACGUAAUAAUGGCUCUAGAUAUAUGUGUAAGUAUGUAUGUACGUGUGAAUGAGUAUAAUUUUCUCAGAACCGAAGUCUUGAAAGAUGUAACGAAUAUAUUAUAUUUACAGUUAAGAAUUUCUUGUGUUGUACAUUUGUGUAAAUGAACAAUUUCUUGUCGUUGCAAUAUUUAACGCGUAAUUAAAUUUAAGUAAUAAAGUAUUUCUUCUUAAUA